AUUCCUCACCAGUUUUAAAAGCAGUCGAUGGAGAAGAGACGGGAGCCCUAAAAACGGACGAUGAGACGCAAAAGGAAAACCAGUCGCCCCGAGACCACCGCCGUCGAUCGAAUCAGUGAGUGUCCUGACUCUGUCCUCGUUCACAUUCUCUCCCUCUUAGAAGAAAUCGAAGACGCCGUCAGGACCCAAGUCUUGUCCAAACGAUGGCGAUUCCUCUGGACCCUCCUCCCUUCCCUCGUUUUCCGUUAUACUGCGAUUGAUGAUUACGGCGGCGAGGGCGAGGGUUAUGGAGUUGCAAGGAAUAGUGUUUUCGUUGCCUUUGUCGGAAAAACGCUAUUUUCUUCUGACUGCAAGCUCAGGAAAUUCGAGGUUGAUUUUCACUACGAGCCGCGCUUCGCUUCGAAUGUCGAUUCCUGGACUCGAUUCGUCACAGGAAAGGCCGUCGAGGAGCUUUACCUUCUACUCUUGCCCGAGUUGGGUGAGGAGGGACUUUACGAGUUGCCACAGCUUUUGUAUGACAAUUAUUGGUUCAAGGAAUUGCAUUUUUCAUGUUGUAGGGUUAUUCCUAGAGGAAAUGUUGCCUGGUAUUCGCUAAAGAAAUUGUCGAUUGGGUAUGUGAAGUUCAGUGAUGAUGUGAUUGAAAGGAUAUUAGCAGGCUGUCCUGUGUUGGAGACAUUGGAAUUGCAUAAUUGCGAAGGUUUUAGUCACUUGGCUGUCACUAAUUCAUGUAUGAAGAAAUUGAUCCUGAGAGAUUUUUUGGAUAUUUGGGAUGACAGUGGGUUGGAAAUUUCGGCUCCUUACCUCCUAUCGUUGGAGAUGUCUGGUGUUUUAGGGAAGAGAUGUCGAUUUACAAACAUAUCAUCAUUGGUUGAUGCUGUCUUCAACUGCCACUUUGCAUGUUUUGAGCAAGAUCGGGCUAAUGAUUAUGAAAGGAUCCAAAAUAUUGUAGUAGUAUUUCUUGCAAGUCUUCUCCAUGUGAAGAAUCUCACGCUAGGUACUUGGGCAAUUGAGGUGCUAUCAAUUAUGGAAGCUAAAGGCUUGAGUUCUCCAUUGUUGAAUUGCGAAUGUUUAACACUAGAUACAAAGAUAGAUAAAUAUGUCCUCCCUGGGAUAGCAAACGUGUUCAAAAGUACUCCUAAUGUGGAGGCAUUGAUCAUGACCUGGUCCUUUUCCUCACCGGAGCUCUAUGGGAUCGAAAGCACGAUGCUUCUCAAUUACGAUGAAGAGCGGUAUUGGACAUCACAAAAGUGGACUUACAAGUGCUUGGUGCUGCAUCUAAAAAAUGUUACGAUUAGUGAUUGUUUAAUGAAGUAUAAUUGUGAGUCCAACUUUUUUUCUUUCAUACAAUUUCUGUUGAGAAAUGCAAGAGUGCUGCAAAAGAUGGUUAUCAGUACGCCAAGUGAUGCUCGGCUGAAGGAAUAUUUUGAAGCAGCUAAAAAGCUUUUAAGCUUUCCCAGAUCCUCUCCUGAUGCAGCAGUUAUCUUCUGUUAGUAAGAACUGAUCAAAGAGCACCACCUUUUUUUUUUGGUUACCAAAGAGGGCCUAGGUCCUAAGAAUCAAAAACAUCUGACACAAUAGCUCGAUAUACUCUGAGUCUGUCACGAUCAUCGCUCAGAACAUCCAGCACCUCUACCGGGGCUUGAUCAAACACUUGUUCACUUCUGUCUAACUGAAGACCCAACCCAACUAGUUUAUGUGCACAUCUAUUUCCUUCCCUCCAACCAAAGGUAAAGUGACAGAUCCAGCUCAUUUUAAGUUGUUCAUUGAUCAACAUAAUCAUAAUCAGGUUGUAAUUAGGAUCAAAGGGAUGUUGAUUCGAAAUUGCACGGAGAGCCAUUUGAGAGUGUUUCCAACACAACACGCGGCAAACCCAUAUUCCACACAAGUUUGAGACCUCUCCAACUGCCCCAAAGUUCAGCUCUUAAUGCAUCCGCAUUAUCGAUUCUGCAAGCAAAGCCCCUUAUCCAGUUCCCACCAUCUGCAACUACUCCUCCAGCCGCAGCAAAUCUUGGGUUUCCAUUUGAUGCCCCAUCAACAUUGAUUUUGAAAGUACCCCUAUGAGGAGCCUGCCAUUUCACAACUAUCCUUCUGGGAGAGAGUUUGCUGGAAGGAUAAAGCACUAACCACUUCGGCAGCCGAACGGCGAAUCUCUUAGACAUUGGGUCUCGCGGAUAUAUCAAAGAGCACCACUCCUUCAGUGAAACUGAUGCCUUUUGACUAGUUCUUUCCUAAUUAGUAUUACUCAGUUUGCACCUUUUCUUUUUCAAUGAAGUGGUUGUUGCCACAUAUCACAGCUUGUGGGCUUAAUGGGUGAUAAGGUAAGGAUUGCAGUAGUUUUAUUUCAAUGUGGGAACAGGGGUUGUGAGAGUUGCCAAUUGAAAGAGUUGUAACUUGAAGUUCUACUUAUGCAUAUGCCUAUGCCGCAGUCUAACAGUGCUGUACCUAACAUGUAACAUGUAAUUCUGUAGUUUCUGCUAUGUAUUUGUUGACUUUGCACUGAUUUAGUUCA